AAAUAAAAAAAUAAUCAAUUUUAUAUAUUGAUUCAUAUUAAUUUAUUAAACAUUAGCAUAACAAAAUAAACUGUGUAGGGCGAUAGGGCACCCGCGGGGUGCUGCAUACUUCGAGCAGGUAAUAAAUGAAAGUUAACCCGCAUGGAUAAGAAUGAAAAUCAAACAUAUCGAAAAUUAUCGUACAAUUACCGUACAAGACUCAUUUUAUCGUAACUUUUCGUCACAUAAUCAAAGUCGGAUGUACGAUCGUAUAAUGCUUCAAAUUAUGUGACGUUUACGAUAAUUAUGUGACGGAUGGGAACACUGUUACUGUACAAGUUUUUGAGUGAACUUGACGUUAACUUUGACCAAACUUUCUAUACUACAAGUAAUUUUAUAGUAAGUGUGGCUAUCAGGGGAUCAUUCGCUCUCUCUCUCUCUCUCUCUAAUACAGAGAGUUAAGCCUUCGCUUUUUCAAGUCUUAUGACAAUUUAUGUUAUUGAACAAUGAACUAAUAUAUAAAAGUGUUUAGAAUCUUUGCUGGUGUUUAUAAGACACUUUUAUCAUAAUAUUAUCAUUGCAAUGGAACAGCUGAUUUAAAAAAUGAAUGGUCAAAAGUUGAGCGCUAGAAUAGAUAAUUAUUUUGUUGGUGAUUUUAGCGAAAAAUAACCUAUAAAUUUUUAUUUAUCAACGUUUAUGACAUUUUUUGGAUUAUUUAUUUAAUGUCAUGUCUUUGGAAGAUGAUGGGACUACCAGGGAUCUUAUUUGUAAACCUAACUUUUCGCUUUUACAUCAAUCUAAUGAAACUUCCGAGGACGUGUUAGAAUGUUUAUCAGUGAUGGUAAACAACGAGGAGUCUCAAGUGCAAGGCAUACUAGUAAACGAGCACCCACUGCUAGGAGCGACGUUGACCGCAAUAACAUUGCCAGAUGGAAGCCAAGCUUUCGUCGCGAACGACCCGGAAGACCUGGAGCUAAAAAACCCCCUCGACAAAGCAACCCGUACAAUUUUAAUCAGCGAGCUCUCAAACUUAUCAAACACACCCGAGCAAUCGGACGCUGGAUCGUCGAACCAGGCAGAGAUUCCAGGUGUGGAAAUAAUAGACGACGCGACAACAACCUACAUGGUGACCAGUCACUCAGAGAACCAGCUCUGGGAACUGAGCGGUGAAAAAUGCGGCAAGUCGCCGAACAAGGAGAAAAUUUUCGUGAAGAAAAUAAGCCAAAGCGCGGCGAGUCAAAGAACUCAAUACCCGUGUCCGAGAGACGGCUGUGAAAAAGUCUACAGCACUUUGCAUCACCUGAAGGUCCACGAGCGAUCACACACCGGGCAGAAACCCUACGAGUGCACCUUCUCCAGCUGUGAUAAGAGUUUCUCGACCGGGUACAGCCUGAAAGCCCACUUGAGGACUCAUACUGGAGAAAAGCCUUACAAGUGCAGUGCUGAGUCUUGCAAUAAAAGUUUCAAGACCUCGGGGGACUUGCUGAAGCAUGUUAGGACCCACACUGGCGAGCGGCCCUUCGUCUGUCCUUAUGAAGGGUGCGGGAGGUCCUUUACUACUUCGAAUAUCAGGAAAGUUCACGUGAGGACUCACACUGGCGAGCGGCCUUAUCAAUGCAGCACUUGCAAUAAAGCCUUUGCUAGUGCGACUAAUUAUAAAAACCAUGUGAGGAUUCAUUCUGGGGAAAAACCUUACGCGUGUACUAUUGAAAACUGCGACAAACGCUUCACUGAAUAUUCUAGUCUCUACAAGCAUCACUUGGUUCAUACUCAGCAAAAACCUUUCGAGUGUAAGCUCUGCUUUAAAAGGUAUCGACAGAACAGCACUCUCGUGAUGCAUAAACGGACUGCUCAUGCUUUAGUUGAGGAUGGUGAUGAAGAGUUAAAUGGUGAUGGUGAUGAGAAUGAAGGUGAAAUUGAGACGGAAGAGAUUGAGGGGAUCGAGGGGAUUUUUGAGUCCAAUUGUGAUAAUUUGAGCAAUGAUCAAACUGAGGAAAAUGUAGGAAUAUUUUUGGCUAAGGAUUGUGAGCUGUUGAUAGAAGGAAGAAAUUCUGGAGAUAAUGCUACACAGAUACUUUUUGUUGGUGAUUCAACGCAAAUUGCUGUUUUGCAGCAUAUUAAUUUCGAAGAAGACUUCAAUGAAGCAGAAAUGGAUUCAACUUUAGAAGGACUGAACAUAAAGAUAGAAGAUAUGGAGUUUGGAUGGAAUUAAAUUAGAAAAUAAGUGUAAUAUAUUGUUGAAAUCGACUAAAUAAAUAUCCACGUUAACGAGGUUACGUCUUUAUUAUUUAUAAUUGAAUAAUCUUAAGAUUUUUAUUGAAGAUGAAUAAUAAAGACGAUAACGACGAAAUGAUAUUUCUUAAAAUAAUAAUAUGUGAUAUAUUUAGUUUUAUAUUGUAGUAAAAUAUGGAUUAGUUUUAUUAUGGAAUUCCCAGGUAAUCUUUGUAAUUAUAGAUUAUUCAAUCUUUGAAUUGAUAAAAAAUAAUAGCGUAAUAUUUUGCAAU